AUGGAGUUAGCUCGAGCAGAGCAGGCGUUGCACCGUGCAUGUACUCUCAAGCAUCCCUUCAUUCGGCGGGAUAAGCAGAACGCACUACUCGACGCAGCUGACCGCGCGCAGCACGCCGCAGACAUGCACGACCCUCGGGAGCUUUACAACAUCGUGCGACGGCUGGCGGGCACUUCCUCGAAGGCCCUGGCCACGCUUACACACGAAGAUGGUUCAGUACUGGACGCGUCCCAAGCUGUGAUGGCCCGCUGGCGACGGCAUUUUACGAACCUGUUCCGAGCCGGCCACGCGUCCCAAAUAGAGGACGUCACGUGUCUGCCCGCCGGCGCCAAGCCCGAUCCCCGCCCUGCUGCCGAGCCGGCCGGCUGCGCGGGCAACGAGGCCCGCAACCUCAUCGAGGGCCUGGAGAUUUUCGUUGUCAUCCAGUCCCUGGACGGUAGCAGCGGCGUCGGCGAGGACGCUUUGUCUGCCUUGAUCGUCAAAACCAGGGGGUGGCAUGCCGCCGAGAUCAUGAGCAAGAUCAUCCAUGACAUCAUUUACGUCAGGCACGUUCCUUUGGUAUGGCGCGGGGGCAAAUUGGUGGUGAUUUACAAGGGGAAGGGCAUGGCCACGGACCCAGAUAACUACAGGGGCAUUUUGGUAUCGGACCACCUUGCGAAGAUUCUCACCUCCCUCCUGCAGGCGCACCUCAACGCUACGUAUGAGAAAGCCGUGGGCGUGUCCCAAUACGGGGCCGUAAAGCAUCGGGGCACUGCGAUGGCGUCGUUGGUGGUCCGAUCCUUCCUGGACCUCUGCUCGGCGCGUUCUUGGAGCUGUUUCGUCCUUUUCGUCGAUCUGUCCAAAGCUUUCGAUUAUGCUAUCCGUGAAGUUGUGAUGGGCUGGAUGCCCGACGCGUCGUCCGCCUCCCUCGAGGAGAAGAGGGCACUGCUUGAGAAGCUCGGCGUUCCUGAGCGUGCAUCCCAUCACCUCGCGGAGUGGAUUGACAAGACCGGCGGGCUCCUUGCCUUAAGCGGUGCUGACCCAGCCGUGUGCGAGCUCGUCACGUCCCUUCAUCAUGGAGCAUGGUUCCGCCUCCCCAGAGACGAACCGUACGUUGUUAGCGUAUCAGGGGCUCGCCAGGGAUGCAAAUUGGGGGCCUUGGUAUUCAAUAUGAUAUAUAGCCUCGCCCUUCUCAUGCUCAAACAAGAGCUGCUCGACCUCGGCAUCAUCCUGUGGGUCACGAAUGCGCCGUCCUCCGCGUUUUGGGGCACGCAGACUACCACGACCAGCUGCGCUGCUGACGAGCGGUUGUCUCCGGUCUUCGAGGUCACGUACGUUGACGACGAGUGCAUUUUCUUGGCCGCCUCGAGUGCGCGAGCCAUGAUGCUGGCCAUUCCUAAGUUGAUGAGUUGCUUGUGUACUGCUUUCUAA